AUCAGUGUCAUGGCUGUCAACCCCGCAGGCAUCAACAACAUCCGAGAUAUUCCUUGCAACUACUCGAGCAUCAAAACAUGGAUGUCUUCCACCUGUAUGGAUGUAGGUUUCUUUGCAGGGCCAUGGGUGUUUGUUUUCGGCUGUCAUGCUAGCCACCCUCUCUAGAUAUGAAGCUAAAUCCUCGGCAGUACCAAACUCCACAUGAUGACGCUACGACAGA